AUGAGGCAGCACUACAAGCCCUUGGCACCCCUUUGCUCAUCUUCUUCGAAGGUGUCAGCAGAAGCAGUGGUAGAGGUAGGCCAGCUCAUCUUGUGCGACGACUUCAAAGGUUCCAGCAGGAACAGCUAUGGAGGCGAUUGGCCUAGCCCCGGUCGCAAGCCCAUCUGUGUGCAAGCCUGCAACAGAAACGGUGAUGGAGGGAAGCUCUUCUUGUUCGGAGCUUUCGGCGGGUAUGGUCGUGGAGGCAACCACUAUCAACCACUCAACUUCGCUGUGCUUGCAUUUGUCGCAGAUCUGGGCAAGCCCAUCUGUGUGCAAGCCUGGAACAGAAACGGUGAUGGAGGUACGAAUGCUCUUGAUGAAGUCUGUCUCUCUUGCAGGCAAGCUCUGCUCCUGCUGAAGCUGCAGCAGGCAAGCCCAUCUGUGUCCAAGCCAGCAGCAGAAACAGUGAUGGAGGCGGAGGCAGCCCUGCCAACAACGGCGCUUCCCGGUGCUUGGGUGAGCCCAACAACACUCGAGUUCGCAAGCGCAGUAAGUCCCGCGUUUGCAGCGGGGACAGCUCUGGAGGUAAGCCCGUCUGUUGGUCCGGCGACGACUGGAUUGGCCAGCUCUGGUUCUUUGGUUCAGGUUAGCCCGUCUUCUUCCCCGGCAACGACCGCGCUUUCCACCUCUCGUGGUUCUUUGGUUCAGGCUUUGGCAUCUCCAAAGAAGCGAGUUCUGCGGCCGCAGCGAGUUACGCUUGCUGGAGUGAUUGGGGCUCCAGGUGGAGCUGUUCUUCAUCAGCCUGGACACUUGUCUGCUGUUGUCUAUAUGCUAACCGAGAAUGCGAGCCUGCUCAACGAGCACUUUGAUUCAUCCCUGGAGGGCAUUGCUGUGGGUUUUGAGUACGAUGAGAAACGUUUCAAGGAGAAUUGGGCCGCCUAUCUGACCAGCGAGAACAUCACAGGUUCUACACUCCUUGAAACCUACCGUGUGAUUUGCCGAGUCGGACCGCCGCCGCGGUACAUCAAGACACUUCUGGGCUGUGGUGAGGCAGACAACUGCUUAAGUCUGAUGGAUUUUUUUUUGCUCCAUCGGGCAGCUGCAGGUAUGCCCUUGUGCAGUGUGAUUGUUCACAACAGCAGCAAUCAGGACCUGCAGGAAUGGCUUGGAGGAAGCAGCCUGCCCGGUCUUGAAGUUCACAGUUGCUCCGUGGUCAACGCUCCCAUUCACUUCCUGUACCUUGGCACAGCGGAGCGCCGACCGGUGCUGAUAGUGCGAGGCGUCAACGAUGCAGACGUGCAGUUGCUGCUCAGCCACCAGACGUGGAUUUUCAGAGGUGGGCUCCCCAACUGGUCCGGGGGUUGGUUUGACAAAAAAAUGACAGGAAGUGGAGAAAGGUGCCCCGGGGGCGACCUACAUUCGCUACACACCGGCCAUUCCUGGUAUCCAGAUGGAGGGUUGGUUGCAGGCCAUGGACAAGUAUUGCAUGGAGUACCAGCUGGAAGGCAAGAUUCCGGGCUGCGUUGCCAGUGUAUUGGCUGCUCCGCCAUGGCUGAGUUUGAAAAGGAUGUGAAAAGGAUUUGAGCAGAGAUUGGUAUCUUGCAGCCGUGGAGGAGAUUGCUGUCAGAAAUUCGUGUGUUGUUGGAAAACUACAGUCCAAGUCACUUAUCCUGCUUGAAACAUGCACUUUUACAAGUGAUAACGCUUGCUGACUAUAUUCCUUCACAUUGCUCUUAAUUCUGUGCGCAUCAAUUCUGUAAGUGGGCAGUUUGCGGUCGUGUUCGAAACCAGCGCCAAG